ACAAAAUGAAAUAUAAGAUGAAGUACAGAAAAUUACAUUCACAUCCCACGUGUUGAUGCCAAGGGUCUCGCUCCACCUUUUUUUUGGAUUUACGGAGUCAACGGCGUUAUCGUAAGAAUAUCAUAUAAACUGCCUUCUACAAGCUUCCGGUCGAUUGCUUGUUGUUUGUGAAGACCAACGUCCGUCCAUCGUCCUCAGGCCGUCGUUGUGAGACACAUUUGGAGCUGAAUGCUUACAGUAUCGUUUGGUCAAACAUAAGCACAAAAAGAUGUCAGAAGACCUCAUGAAACAGUUAAGCAGCUAUAAAGCGCAGCUACAGCAAGUGGAGGCUGCCUUAUCUACCGAUCAAGAAAAUGAAGACCUUCUGAAACUUCAAAGAGACCUACAGGAAGUCAUUGAGCUGACAAAAGACCUCCUGACAUCACAGCCAUCAGAUGGUACUUCCAGUGCCAACAGUUCUGAUGCAGCCCCUCUGAAGCACAACUGGAAUGUGGGGGACAAGUGUAUGUCUGUGUGGAGUCAGGAUGGACAGUUGUAUGAGGCUGAGAUUGAGGAGAUAGACGGAGAGAACGGCACUGCAGCCAUCACCUUCAGUGGUUAUGGAAAUGCUGAAGUAAUCCCGCUGCAGAACCUCAAACCACUGGAAGAAGGGAAGCGUCGUGAUGAGGAUGGAAUUGCAAAGCCCAAAUCCAGGAAAGAGCAGAUAGCAGAGCAGAGGGAAUAUAAGAAGAAGAAAGCACAGAAGAAGGUGCAAAGGAUGAAGGAGUUGGAGCAGGAGAGGGAGGACCAGAAGUCAAAAUGGCAACAAUUCAACAACAAAGCCUAUUCAAAAAACAAGAAAGGACAGGUGAAGAGGAGCAUAUUUGCAUCUCCAGAAAGUGUCAAUGGCAAGGUGGGAGUGGGAACAUGCGGUAUUGCAGACAAGCCUAUGACCCAAUACCAUGACACAUCAAAAUACAAUGUCAGACAUCUAAUGCCGCAGUGACCCAAUAUGUUGUGUAAAUAUUAACUUUUGCACUGUAUACCUGCUGGAGCAGUGCUUUCCAUUGUGUUUAUACAUUUAAGUUUCAUAAGUAAAAACUUUGAAAUGAUUUGCUUGCACACCAGUGGUUUAAUUGGACUAGGUUUUAUAGAUGGAACAAUAAAUUACAGUUUACUAAGGAAUUUCCCAAAGUGUAACUAGGUCUCGUGUUGUGUUAGACCAGAGAAUGGUAUCUACGAUAGUAAUAGUUUAGUCCUCAUUGCUGUAUAUAUCUGGAUACAACAGAGACCAAAUACAUUAAGGUUUAUAUCAUUUCUACCAACCUAGACUGUUUGAAUUUGAGGUUAGGUUUUGUGGGUUGAGCUGGUUUUUAAACAUUUACCAGUUCUUCAAAAGUCUGUAUAUUGAUCAUAGUGAAAGUUUCAAAGUAAAUCAUGCAAAGCUAAAUUGAUUUUUUUUGUCUUUUUUUUUUUGUAUAUUUACCGGUCAAAUAAAUAUUCCGUUUUAUUUCAAGGUUUUUUGAUAC